UUUCUGCUGUUUACAAUAUAUGUAUUCCGUGAGUCCGAAAACGCGGAUUAUAUGCUCAGAAGAAUUCGCACUCGUCGUACGUAUCUCGUCGAUGAUAUGGUCCCCACGACAGGAUUCCUACUUAUGGUUGGUAAAAAGAAUGCGUAUAAAUUCAGUAGGAGAAGCAGUGAAAGGUGAAUGAAAGUAUGGCAUAAAAUCGAAUGGUCGAAAGAGAGGUAUUUAUCGGGGGUAGCCGGUGAUAACCGUGCAAGAAAAAAGUAGAAAAGAAAGAUAAUUUACUUGUACGCGUAGAUCUAUUCUCCUAUCGGAGUAUCGAACGUAGUAACAGUUUUCAUUGUUGCCGCGAUGUUGGAAGAAAGAAGCGCGACUACACGAUCGAUUUGUCGGUAGGAUCGAUAGGAUCGAUAGGAAUACGUAGGGAAAGAACGGAGCAAGCAACUUUCCGUUUCCAUCGUCGUGUUCGCGCUCGUGGUUUGCGCUUAUUAAUUGCACUAAUAGCCGAGGGAAAGAAGAAAGGAAAAUGUACGAGUAUUCACCGGUUCCGUCAAUGUCACUUUCACGACCUUUCAUUCGAUCGUCAGGGCCCCCUCCUGCUUGAACAACCAGAGCCAACAUGUAUAUUGUAUAUAAGGAUACCGAUGCCAGUCGUCGCCACUGAGAAUUUCUGUAGGUUACCGUAUAAAUGUAUAUCUAUAGUUUGUAGGAGGGAAGCUGCGUAGCUUCAUCGAUAUCCGAUUUUGGCGAAGAAACGAAUUACGCUGCACCGAAUAAGUAGAUUACGCUUCCGUUUGUCCGAGUAGUUAUUCCAGCGAAUGGAAUAUCGUCGACGAGGAUCGUAGAGGAGUGUCGGAUGCUGGUCGAGGGAUCUCGAAGAGCUCUCCUCGACGCUUCUUUGACGCGUGGGGAUAACUGGAGCUACCGGUUAAGUGAAGUGUAUCGCAUCGAGACGAAGUAGUACACUGUUUCUUUCCGCAGUGCGUGCAUUGGAUCGAGGCUUCGGACUCGAGAGGAUCCGUAACCGGCAAUUCCAGCGCAACACGAACAACGAACACAUCCUGGAGACUGGAAGCUCUAUCUCGUCCAACGAGCAGCGAAAGACAUGAAACUUUGUUCUAUCGUUGGUGCGCUAACGUGGAUAGCGAUCGCGACAGCGACAUUGGAAUCCGAUUCGCGUGGAAACUGGAGCAACGAAAAGCAACCGAAUUACGAGCAACGAACAAUCGAGAACCGGACAAAAGUGAUCAUCGAUGAUUCUCCGCGCGACGGGAUCUUGGAGACAUCCGAAUCGAUCGAGCAGGUCGAAGCAGGAAACGAGAAAUUCCCCGACAAGAACGAAGAGAACCGCGAACCGAAUAAACUUGUUCAAGCUGGCUCGUCCCCAUCGUUAAGUAUCGAUACCGAGCAGGCCUAUAGCGAAACGAGCAAAAAUGUUUCGAGACCGGCGAGAACCAGUCAAAGCGGUACAAACGAGACCGUCAACGCGCUCCAACGUGUCCCGACGAAAGAAAUUUUACCGCAACAUUCGAUCGCGACGUCCAACCAUCCUGCAGGAGACAACGAUUCGAACGAUCUGGGAUAUCUGAAUUCGUCGGAGCAGUUGGACCUCGAGAGCGGAGCGGAUUUUGGUCAGCGAGUUCGUUUUUCGUCAGCCUCGAGAUCGAGGAACAACGAAAACGUUGGGCGGGCUCGAUUCAGGCCUUUGGAUGCUCGGCCCUUCGCCGAUAACUAUAGAAAGCAACGCAGGAAGAAUACUCGUCCGUUCGCGGUCACGAAACUGAACGUAUCAGAUCCGUUCCCUAAAGGAGUACCGAACCGAGCCAAUUCCGAAGAAGAAUAUACCGGUAGCGCGAGAAGCAAGAAAAUUAAAUUGUCCGGUUCGUCUUUGGCGAACGACGAGGAGGAGAGCGACGAUGGUACCGGCAAGGACCAGGCGGCGGUGUCUCUCGGUAAAUUCACUGGUCCAAUCGUGGUGGCGGAUCUACCGCGUCGAAAGAAGUACUCGUUCGCCAGAACCGACGACGAUGAGAAAUCGCUGCAACCAGAGUCCGGCUACCCGACAGCAUCCUCGGCCGUAUUGAAUCCUCUGCAAGUGGGCGUCGCGUUAAUGAACGCCGGUCAGGAUUUAAACUCGGUGAACGAGCCGAUCGCGCCCGUCAGCGAGUAUCUUCGGGACGAGCCUGAAUCGAGCGACUCGGGAAAUUCGAGCAUUCGAAUCGAUCGGCCAAGGGAAUCGGUGGCUUCCGAUGGGUCCGCGCAGUCGGUGGAAAUCCAAAAAUCUGUCGAAGUCUUUCACACGGCACCCGUGCACGAGAUACACUAUCCGUUAGAGUUUGUACCUUACGUUCAACAAGCGAAUUCGAAGCAACGACCGCAACAGAGAGCCGGUCAGAGACCCGGUCAAAUGAACGUUUACAAGAGCAACGAGAUACCGGACGACCGAGAACGCGCUCGGUACGAGUACAACGCGAACGAGGACGACGACAACUCGUCCGGUCAGGAAACUCGUGUCACCGACGUUAAGCCUGUGGUCGAUGUCAGGGACAACGCGGAACAUGAUAGGACAGUUGGAACGUACUCGAGAGUCGAAAGGAUUCCUGACACCGUCGUCGAGGCGGAAGCGGUCCCAGAGCGGAACGAAUUCGAGCCACCGAAAGGUACAUCCAAGUUCGCUACCGCGGUGCCAGUCGGGAUAGAAAGCUUGUCGGCUCUGGAGAACGUAGAAAAUCCUCGAGAAGCUCAAGAUACGGCACAGACGUCGCUAACGGAGUUCAGCUUUCCUCCGAUCACCGUUCCUCGCCAUUAUCCCGCGGAGACGCUUCGCGCGAUUAACAACGACGAGCGGAAGCUGCCUAACCAGCUAGAGAAAGUCAUAGAGAAGCAGAUAACGAUACCGCAACCGUUUCCUGUACACGUGCCGGUCGACAGGGUGGUGGAGAAACAAAUCCGUAUCCCGUAUCCGAUACAGGUGGAGAAGGUGAUCGAGAAGAAGGUGCCUUUCGCGAUACAGAGGCUGAUCGUACCGAUACCGAUCCAUUUCAGAAUCCCGCAACCGAUACCGAUCCCGAUAGAGAAGGUGGUGGAAAAGUCUGUGCCAAUUCCGAUUCCGAUACCCGUAGAGAAGGUGAUCGAAAAGACGAUGCAUCAUCCUCGACCUCGUCCUUUGGACGCGGAGAACGUCAGGUCAUAUCCACCGGACAAUCCCAAAGCGGUGAAGAAUUUCAAACAGAUUCCGAGACAUUACGAGAACACGAAUUACUUCAACUCGACCGCGACGGCUACGACGACCGCACCGGGUGCAACCGCGUCCACGCAGUAUCACGGAUCAUCCUAUUAUCCCGUCAAUCGACCGUUCGGCAGACAACAACAAACCUUGCACGCGUUGCCCACAAUGAACAACAAGUUUCCCUCCUACGGGAUUCGCUAUCCCCAUUCGCUCGUUUAUUCCGUCUCGAACGAUAAUAACGCCAACUUUGUAUUUUAUGGAAGAACCUUUCCGGAGAAAGAUCAGAUCCUCGACGAAUACGUGGGACCUGUGCCACGCAAGGUGCAACUGUCUCUCGGAAUACAGUCCAAGUCGUUGCAAUACGCGCCGCCGGACGUUCAGUCGACGAUGAGGAGAACCAGACAGGAGAGUAACACCGGCAGUUUUAGGCAAUCGAAAAUGGAGUACGGUUUCAAGCCUCCCAUGGUGCCUUCUAUCCAAUACGACGAACAAACGGCGACGAAAGUAGACUAGCUCUCGAUCACGUAUUUACAUAUUGUAAAUAGAAGAAUACAAAUAUCGGCAAAAUCUGUUUAUUCGAUAAGUUUUCUACUUGUGAUUUUUAUGAAUGUUUAUUUAUAUUUUAGACAGUAAAGACUGAUAUAUAUAUAUAUAUAUAUAAAUAUAAAGCGUAUAAAUUUCCGAUAGACAACGAGUUGCUUGUUCGCGAACGUUUUAUUACGCGUAUAGGCAUGUAAGAAAAUAAUUAUUGUACUCCGGUAGAACGGGAGUUGACGUUAUGACCUUUGUUAUUAAAAAAAUAUUUGUUACGUUGUUUUACCAUAUUUUUAUACAGGUGUCUUUGACACACUCGCUUUUGUACUUUUAUUCAAACGUUUGUAGUAGUUAAUAAAUUUCCUUUUCAUUUCGAAAUCAACAUUUCCCACGAGCACACUCGUAAAACUCUUUACGUAAUAAAUUAUCUACGAUCGAAAUGAAAGCACACUGGUAAAAUUCAUCGUUUAUUCUCGGACGGUACUUGUUUAAUUAUUCGAAUAAUAUAUUAACAAUAAUUAUUUCGUUGGUUCGAUAAAAAAAUACUGGUAUAAUUUAAAAUCGAUUCGAAUGUUGCGCAUCGAUUUACCUAUAUGCAUAGAUAUAUGUAUGUACAUAAAAUAUACAUAUACACAUAUAUCUUUCCUUUAUAUGUAUACUCUGUUAUAUAUAUAUAUAGAAUCUGUAAAGAGAGACUUUCGUUGAUCCGUAAACCUAUGUACAACCUUUCUUUCGGAUAAAAUAAUCGUUACAUUAAAAAGAUAAAAAAAGCUGUACAGUAGAAACUUGAUUAAUUCGGUUAUUUUCGUAACGACUAGUCGGUAAUGAAAUUAUCCGAGCGCUUAGUUAGCUUACCGAUUCGACGGGUUAUAGGGUGGACGCUAAUCGCUUCGAUAACGUUUCUGUACGAAGAAAAGUUUUAAGAGGUCGGUGAACGUUGGUGAUGAAAGAAAAGAAACUGAUCGAAUGUAAAGUUAACAAUCUGUAUAAUUUCAUACGCAACAUACAACAACAAACUGCAGAGUCGAAAAUUACAAUCAAACUUAUUUAAACGUCCUAGCAUGAUUCUUAGAAAAUAGUUCGCUUAAUCGUUAUAAUCGAGAUUCUACUGUACCGAACAGAUCUUAAGAAAACGAAUUUCUCUCACUCGUGUCGAGCAUAUAAAGAGGGGGAAAAAAAA